GUCCACUUGUUGAUUCUUUUGUUACGCCCAACGACACAGGUGGCUUAGUCAUUCGAUCUCCCACCUUCGACUUUUAUACCAUCGAGGUUGGUCGAUGGAUUCAUAUUUAUUGACAUAUUACAUUGUUUGUUAGAGGUUUUUAGUGCUUCGUGAGGGUAAAUUUGAAAAAAUUAAAAAAUAUGCAACGGUAGUAUCCACUAUGUGUAUAAAACAAAGUGUAUUACUGAAAAUGAUUGGAAAAACAAUUAUAUUAUUAAUUUGUUUACUAACUGUGGGUGUGUCGGGGCAAUAUGAAUGGCAAGCUAGGGAUCCUUUCGACGAAAUAACAAGAAAUAUGCAAAGGGUGACUAAAGAUAAUUGUGAAAUUCAACAUGUGGGUGAUCUGUAUUUACCACCUGACGCUGUUUCUCAUCUUCCGGAUAUUAAAGACAUUAACAUCAAUCCCGUUUUCCCCAAUAGGACUUUACUGCUCCACUUACACAAUACAGCGAUGAAUAGGGCAUUUUUUUGGUCGUAUAUCUUACAGAGCAGAUUUAUUAGACCAGCUAUUAACGAUACUUACGAUCCUGGUAUGAUGUAUUAUUUUUUGUCAACAGUAGCCGACGUUUCUACCAAUAAACAUAUCAACGCCAGUGCUAUUUAUUUUUCGCCGAAUAUGUCCUAUUCCAGUUCUUAUAGAGGCUUUUUUAACAAAACAUUUCCCAGAUUUGCACCAAGGACCUUCAGAGCCGACGACUUCAAUGAUCCAAUUCACUUAGAACGUAUAUCCACGUUAAAUACGUUUACUGUACAAGAUUUAGGUGCAAUUAAACCAGAUACCAGCAACGAUUAUACUUCGGAUUAUUACCGAAUCAACGAAUGGUAUAAAAAAUGGUUACCUGACAAUGUGGCAGAACGACACGAUACAAAAACUACUUAUCAAGUGGAGAUUCGAUAUGCUAAUAAUACAAACGAAACGUUCACUUUUCACGGACCACCUGGAGCUGAUGAAAUACCGGGUCCCGUGAAAUGGACGAGACCAUAUUUUGAUUGUGGUCGAUCAAAUAGAUGGUUGGUAGCGGCUGUUGUUCCCAUAGCAGAUAUUUAUCCCAGGCAUACUGGAUAUAGACAUAUAGAAUAUCCCACAUACACUGCUGUAUCUGUGGUGGAAAUGGAAUUAGAAAGAAUAGACAUCAAUCAAUGUCCAAUUGGUAUGGGGAAUAAUGGUCCAAAUAUGUUCGCAGAUACUGCUAGGUGUAAAAAAGAAACUACAGAGUGCGAACCAAUACAUGGAUGGGGUUUCCGACGAGGGGGCUACCAGUGCCGUUGUAGACCGGGUUAUAGAUUACCAAUGCAAACAAGAAGACCUUUUUUGGGUGAAAUCAUAGAACGAGCAACAUCCGAACAAUAUUACAACGGAUUUGAUUGUCAAAAAAUUGGAUGGAUUCAAAAGUUACCAGUCCAAUGGGAAAAAUCAGAUCCGUAUUUGAGAGAAGUCGUUAUGGAUAAAUAUCCCGAAUAUCGGCAAAAAGUUACUGGUCCUGCUAGUUUGAGUCAACCUGUAAUGAAUAUUCAUAGCGUGUUGGAUUAUAUUCUGAGUAUGAAUAAAGAUAACUGCAAAAAUUACAAACCGGAAGAUCUGUACCUUUACGGAGGUAUAAUGCAUGGAGCCGAAGAGUUUUUUGAAAACGAAGCCAAGAUGGCACUAAGACUUGCUAAUUUCAUAAGCUCUUUCUUACAAGUAUCCGAUCCCAAAGAAGUCUAUUCGGGUAAAAGAGUGGCCGAUAAAGAUUUGACUGAAGAUCAAAUGAUAGGAGAAACGUUGGCUUUGGUAUUGGGUAAUAGUAGAAUUUGGUCUGCCGGUACAUACUGGGAAAGAAACAAAUUUCCCAAUCGUACCCUUUUUGCUCCUUACGCCUACAAAAAAAUAUUGAACACCAGAAAAUUCAAUCUAGAAGAUUUGGCGCGACUCGAUAAACCCUCAGAGGUUUACACCAAUGUGCAGUGGUUUAAAGACCUGAAAUAUCGUUGGGCUUCCAAUUUCGAUACUUUAGAAAAAUUCUGGUUGAAAAUUAGAAUUAGAUUUAACGAAACUGGCGAAAAUACAAUCAAAUUCGAACAUUUCCCAACUCACUACUAUGGCGCUAGAUUGGAACAUGGUCAUUGGCUACAACCACAUUAUGAUUGUUAUGGUAAAGUACCCAUGUGGAAAGUUGGUUAUGUAGCACCUUUCUUUGGAUGGGACAGUCUCAAAGCCAAUCUGGAAUUCAAGGGUGCAGUUGGUGUUUCCAUGGAUUUAUUAAAACUUGACAUCAACCAAUGUCCAGAUAUAUCUUCGAAUGCUUUCGAAAAUACGCAGAAAUGUGAUUACAAAACAUCUUAUUGUGUACCAAUCUUAGGAAGAGGAUUCGAAACUGGAGGAUAUAAAUGUGAAUGUAAACAAGGCUUUGAAUAUCCUUUUGAAGAUCCCAUUACCUACUACGACGGGCAACUAAUAGAAGCAGAAUUCACAAAUCUCGUCGAUAAUAAUUUAACACGUUUCAAUAUGUUUAAAUGCCGUUUGGCGGGGGCUAGUAGUCUACAAGUAAGCCUAUUUACGCUGGUCAUUUUAUUGUUAAUAUCCCUGUAUUAUCAAAGGAUUAGAUAAAAAAUUUAAAUAAUAAUUAGUUAUCAAAAUGGUAUUAUUUUCAACAACAAAUCAACAAUUAUUUUUCAAUAAUUAAUAAAAUUAUUUAAUUACUUUUUUCAGUGUAAAUUACAGAUUGUUUGGUAAGUCGUUUUGGCUUUUCUAUUCCACGAAAAAUAUUUUGUACAUGACUUUGCUUCUCAUUAUUCUGCCUCCAAAAUAUGUAAACUCCUCACAAAGGAGACUAUUUGUUGGGGUGCACUAUUUAUUCGUACUUACUAAGCUUUUUUCUAAAAUCAUCAGGACAUUUGCAGAAUACUUGCUCUGCCAUAUCUAUGGGUUCCUUGUAUAAUCAACAUCCAUAUCACCUUAACAUGAUAUUAGGCAAGUGACUCACCUGUCAAAAGACCAACUACUAAUUUAAUGUCGUUUCUGGACAUCACGAGAUGCUCCUCAAAAUUGAUAUGAUUAUGAAUAUUUUGGAUUGUUCUGCCCCAAAAAUACAUACAUAUAGAAGCUUAUUUUUGGGGGGCACUACAUAUUAGUGGUAACUAAGCCUUUUUCUGAAAUGAUCAGGACAUAUGCGGAGUAAUCGCUCUGCCUUUUCUUUGGCUUCCUUGCAGAAUCAGACUUUGCCAUCCAUAUUAUCGUGACAUGAGAUUUGACGGGACUGUUACCUGUCAGAAGACUGUAGUGACCUGUCACCUGUCACAAGACCAACUACCGAUUUUAAUGUCAUUUCUGGACAUCAAGAGAUGUUUCUCAAACUUCUCCAAUGAUAUGGUUAUGAAUUUUUUUAGGCCUGCAGUGUUUCUUCAAAAGACUUCAUUUAAUCCUUUAGCCAUCCGUUUAGUGAUAUCUCAAGAAACCACAUUAAGGCUUUGAUUCAAAAUAUAGAGUCAUUACCUUUUUUUUUGACAAGAUGGUCUGCUUCGCAGAUUAACUUUGACCUUUACUUAAUUGCAUUCAAGGUUGCUUGGCUCUAAGAGAGAAUGUAAAUGUGUUUUCUUCCAGAAUCAGCUCUUUACACUAGUUUUGAAGUAUCUGUAUACCAUAAAGAUGCAUUAAGAGCUUGAGGAAGAUCUUUAUUGACUCAUGAUUGACAGUCAUCGAUUAUCACUUCAUGGCAUGAGAUGUCUACGCAUUUGGUUUAUCGAUUUGUCAUUUAGCUAUUUUUCUCAGUAUACUAAAUAUUAUAUUUUUUUAAAUGUAAAAUUUAUUUCAACUUUAAGAAAUUGUUAAAAUUGUUUAUUGUCAUUUAGAAUUAAAUAGAAAAAUACCAUUUUGAUAACAUAAUGUAUAUUAGAUCUGAAACAAGAGGCCUUCUCAUGGAUAUUGUGCCUUUAAUCAUUUAAUUUUAAGGAAAUAUUGAUGUUCAACAUUUAAACCGUCCAUAAUUUAAUUUUGUUGUUUUAUUAUUGUUUAAAUCAUUUCUGUGAGAAAUGGUAUAAUCACGACACAAGUCAAUUAUUAAAUAAUGAAAAUUAAAUUUAUAAAAUUAAGACUGAUAACAGACCAAGGUGAAAUUUUAAAUGAUCAUUACUUGAAAUGAUACAUAUACUUGACAAACCCGGUAUAUUUGAUGAAUAACAUCAGGAUAUAAUCAAAUUUUAUCAAUUGGAUCAUUUACUUAUUAAAAACUAAGAAGAGAUCUCAGACUAAGAUAUUCUAAAAUGAAGAAAUCCAAUAGAUUUAGAUCUGUCGCAUUUGAACUUUGAAUUAGAAGAAGUAGAAAUGCAAUGUAUAUGAAAAUAGUAAUAGAUGAAUAAUGGAUGGAAGGAGUAGAAAGUUUAAUAUUAUAAUAAAAAAUUAUUUGUAUGUUGAAUUUCCACACAAUCACCUUGUGUUUGCAAUAGAAUCCGAAAUAAUUUUAAUAAUCACUUCAAAUUUAUAAAAAGUUUAAACAUUUUUUUAUAAAUUUGAAACAGCUCUACUUAAAAAAUGGUAAAUUUGAUUUGAGAAUUUGAAAUCAGUAAAAAGCCUAAAAUUCAGUUUUUUUUUAAUAAAAACAAUAAAAUAUGAAUAGAAAUUCAAAUAAAAAUGUAGGAAUUGAAAUUUAAAGAACUUAUAGAAUGAAAAAUAAUUCUAUUUGGGGGAAAGUAGAAAAUGAUGAAAAACUAUUAAAAAAUUCAAAUUAAAAUUAAAUUAAAUAAUAAUAAAUAAUAUAAAUAAUAAAUUAAAUAAAAUAAAAAUUAAAAUUUUCUAAAAAAUUGCUAUAAAUCACUUCUUAUAAAUUUACAAUUAAAAUAAAAAAAAUCACAAUAUUUUUUAGUGUUAAUUAUACCACAAAUAUUUAAAGGAGUUAUACUUAAAAAAUAUUUUAUUUUGGAUUAAAAACUAUUCUUAAAAUCAGUUUUUCAAAUAUAUUUCAAGGACUUAAAAGAAUAUGAAUGGAAAUUAUAACAAAAAAUUUAGUAAUUUAAAUUUAAAGGAUUUAGAGUUAAACAAAUGUUAAAUUUUAUAUGGGUGGAUAUAUAAAUCACAUUUAUGAAAAUAUAUCAAAUACAUGAAAUUAUAUGAAAAAAAUAUUUCUAAUAAAAAUUAUAGGGAUUAAAUUAUAAAGAAUUAAAAAAUGUUAAAUUUUAUUUGGGGGAUUGUAAAAAAUUACCAGUUUUAAACUUUUUUUAUCGUAUCUAUAAAAAAUAAAGUAACUUAAAAAUCAUUUUUUUAAAUAUCUGAAAAAAAUAAAAGGUAUGAAAAUAUGAGGAAAUUUAAACAGAAUAUUGAAAUGUUUGAUACAUUUUUAUAAAUCAUUUUUGACUAAAAAUAAAAACAGAAACCAAAAUAUCACAAAAUUUUAAAAAGGAAAGUCUGGAUUUUUUAAUUUUCACUCUUUAUAAUAGAAUCUAAAAACCUUUAUACAUUUAAAAAUAUUUUUAUCAAUCAAAAGCAAAAGAAAAUAUUAAACUUCAUAUCUUUCUUAUAUUUCCAGACAAUUUAAAUUUAAUUUUUCUUAAUUUUGCACGAAAAUAACUUUUUAAGAAUAUAAAUGUUUUUAAAUUACAAAUAUCUCUGAAAGAUUUAUAUUUUGUACAUUUUAUUUAAAAAAAAAUACAUGCAAUCUUCCAUCUUUUUGAGAUAUUUUGCAGAGAGUGAUUUUUGUUGUGGUUUUUGAUCAUUUUUUACCCUUUAAAUAAAAUUCGAAAUUUUCCCAACUAAAAGGCACAUUAUAAUGAGAUCUUGCUAUUCAUAGAUGAUUGUUUUAUGGGACUAUAAUUGGGGAUGGAACAAAGAGAUGAAAGUAAACAUUUGGAAAACAAUGUAUAAAUAUGUUUAUAUUGAAUUGAUUGAGAACUACGCUAUGAAAAAUCCAAGAAAAUUAAAUAAAAUUAUCAAUAUAGAGAAGACAUUAGAACUACUAUGGAAUAAUGAACAAUAAAUAAAGGACGUUGCCAUAGACACUUUAAUAGCAACGAAAAUACGACAAAAAAUAAAUGAUAAAUAUGGAUCAAGGAGAAAGAAGAGAAAAAAAAUGUCUUCUGAACUAGAAGCAUAUUUCCUCCUAGGAAUUCACUUAAAUCCAUUUUGCUAUUUGAAAUUAAUUAUAGAAUGAAACUUAACUCAAAUUAAAAAAAAUGACACAUUACGGGGUAAAGUACAAAGUAACACAUAAUUUAAUCACCUUGGUUUGUUUUAUGGGACUAAUAAUAUGCAACUUUUAAUUUUGUUUACCUCAUAUAUUGCAUUAUAAAUAGAAACUAAAAGUUACUCAGUAUAUAUGAAAAAUUUAGUAUUACAAAGUAUUUAAUUUGUAUUAUUUUUUCUAAUGAUCUAAACUAAAAAAUACUUUUAAAUAUCAAACUAAACACAGUGGGAAUAAUUGCCAUUUAACUACACGCGACAACCAUGUGCGACGUCGCUAAUUUUAAACAGUCAACUGUCAUCUACCAAAUAUACUUCAUAAGAAAAUUCUUUAAUCUUCUCUAAGGAAAUUAUACGUCAUGUAAUUUAAGUUGUAUACAUUAUCCAUGUUAUCAGUUUAUUUCUAAAAUUUAUGGAGGGUAGAGAAAGGUACCUCAAUUUUUUGAUUCACAACAAUUCAUUAUUGAAAUUUUCAACGACUUACGUAAAUAUUACCUAAAAAAAAAUGACACUAAUGUGGCGCCGCCCUUAUUCAAUGCAGUUAACCGGACACUUUUCAUAUACACAGAUUGUUCUUCUUCUCUCUACCCCCUCCCUCCAUAAUAAAAUACCGAACAAAUAGUUUUGAUUUUUUUUUAUUUUUGGCAUGUAUAGUUUACACUAAGUCUCAUAGAGUCUGUACUAAUUGAAUAUAGAGAUUAUUUCCUCAGUCAUCUAUCAUUUUUUGUGUUGUCAAAUACCGAUUUUUUCAAUUUUUUUUUCGUUUGCAAAUCCGUCAAGUUUCUUUUCCAACACUUUUAUACUACAUUGGUCAAUUAUAAAUUAAACUAGCCGGUCCGUCAGACGUUAUCCUAUCCUAACGAUUUGUAGGGAUUCUUGAACAUCGGUAGCUCGGCUUAAAAGUCGUUAUCUGAAUCGUUUUUUAAUAUAAUUGUCUUCUUUUCGUUAUUUAUACACCUCCAGAAGCUUCAUAUCAGGCCAUAACUUACCCCAUGAGUAAACCAAAACUUUUCUGAGAUACUGUAAGAUGAAUUAGCCAAAAAACAA